UCAAGUGGAAGCUGAACAUGUCUGAUACACAGGAAACACCCGUACUGGAAUCACAGUCUGGAAUCUUCCCACCACUCAAGGAUUCAAAAUGGAGUUGGGCUCACGAUGGUACAAAUAUCAAUGGUGCUCUAGACUUACUGGGAGAUGGAGGUGUUAAAUGGUGCGAGGGAGAAAGGCAGGGAGGAUGGGAAGUCAGGGAAAAUGGAACUGUUCUCGAUGUGACGUUCGGGGGAGUAUGUCACAAGUUCACCUACAAAGAUAAUACAGCUGUACUUUUCUGUCCUGAUAGGAAGCCUCCAAGUGUCAUGGGAGUUAUUAAUCCCUCUCCAGAGAGUAAAAUCGAGGAGCCCAAAGCAGUGUUCGACGAGCCUAAAAGUGAGGAAGUAAAUGAGGAGGAACCAGUGAAGGAGAACGGUGAAGCCGCUGCCGAAGAGAUCUCAGAAGAGCCAGCCACCGAAGAGGCUUCAGAAAAAUCAGCCGCCGAAGAGGCUUCAGAAGCACCAGCCGCCGAAGAGGCUUCAGAAGAACCAGCUGCUGAAGAGGCUUCAGACAAACCAGCUGCUGAAGAGGCUUCAGACAAACCAGCUGCUGAAGAGGCUUCAGACAAACCAGCUGCUGAAGAGGCUUCAGAAGAACCAGCUGCUGAAGAGGCUUCAGACAAACCAGCCGCCGAAGAGGCUUCAGAAGAACCAGCUGCUGAAGAGGCUUCAGACAAACCAGUCGCCGAAGAGGCUUCAGAAGAACCAGCUGCUGAAGAGGCUUCAGACAAACCAGCCGCCGAAGAGGCUUCAGAAGCACCAGCCGCCGAAGAGGCUUCAGGAGAACCAGCUGCUGAAGAGGCUUCAGACAAACCAGCCGCCGAAGAGGCUUCAGAAGAACCAGCUGCUAAAGAGGCUUCAGAAGAACCAGCUGCUGAAGAGGCUUCAGAAGAACCAGCCGCCGAAAAGGCUUCAGAAGAACCAGCCGCCGAAGAGGCUUCAGAAGAACCAGCCGCCGAAGAGGCUUCAGAAGAACCAGCUGCUGAAGAGGCUUCAGAAGCACCAGCUGCUGAAGAGGCUUCAGAAGCACCAGCUGCUGAAGAGGCUUCAGAAGCACCAGCUGCUGAAGAGGCUUCAGAAGAACUAGCUGCUGAAGAGGCUUCAGAAGCACCAGCCGCCGAAGAGGCUUCAGAAGAACCAGCUGCUGAAGAGGCUUCAGAAGAACCAGCUGAUGAAGAAGCUUCAGAAGAGCCAGUCGCUGAGGAGGCUUCAGAAGAACCAGCCGCCGAAGAGGCUUCAGAAGAACCAGUCGCCGAAGAGGCUUCAGACGAACCAGUUGCUGAAGAGGCUUCAGAAGAACCAGCUGCCGAAGAGGCUUCAGAAGAGCCAGCUGCAGAAGAGGCUUCAGAAGAACCAGCUGCCGAAGAGGCUGUAGUAGAGGACGAAGCCGCAGCGGAGGAAGCAGCACAAGAAGAGACUGCACCUGAAGAGGGUGAGGUAGUAGCAGAAGAGGAGGCAGCACCUGAAGAGGGUGAGGUAGUAGCAGAAGAGGCGGCACCAGAAGAGGAAGAAGUAGCUGCAGAGGAAGAACCAGCCGCCGAGGAAGAAUCACCAGCAGCUGAAGAAGAAGCAGCCGUUGAGGAAGAAUCACCAGCAGCUGAAGAGGAAGCAGCCGAAGAGGAAGAAGCAGCUCCACUUGAGAAUGGAGAUAAUCAUGCAGCUGAGAAUGGGUCAUCUGGAGAGAAGUCUGACAUAGAGGAGGAGGUUGAGGAUAUAAAAAUGAGGCUGGACCGACUGGAAAGUGAUCAAGGAGCGUUGCAGGACAACGUUAACGACCUCAAGACCAAGUUCGAGGACGGCAGAGUGACCUCGCCGACUAAAAAGAGUCCCGGCAGCAGCGAUAUCGUGGGCCCCUCAAUCCCCAUGUCAAACCUGAGGGCUAUGUUCGGAAACUGAGCGGAACUUCUUAGAUCUUGGAUUUAACGUUAAAUUAACGGCGAAGAUAUGUUGUUUGUCUAUGUUUCGGCUCAUUGAGGACUAAAAGGAUUGAUAUAACAUGUUAUGAACUAGGAUAUCCCGAAUUAAAGUGUUCAAUUUGUCGAGGCAGAUCUUUCAAUAGCCAGAUAGGUGAAACAAUUUUUUAUUUUACUCUGUAAAAUUUGUUAUUUUACUCUGUAAAAUGCAAGAGGAAAUUUCUGCACAUUUUGGUACGCGUGUGCAGACUUCCUCUAUUUUAAGAUGGACGAUUUUUUGAUUUUAAGAACUUUUGAGAGCCGUCUAUUGGGGGCCCCCCAUCUUUUUAAGCAGUCGAAAUUAAAUCUUUAUUUCCUGCGUGGAAUUUGUGACGCUUUUUCUUAAAUUCGUCAUGAAAUUUUGCUAAAUUGUGUAUUAUAUUGGAAUUGUUUUGUAUGUGAAA